AUGGACGGCCUGGCAGUCGAGCAAUAUCCCCUUACGCGGACGCCGCCGCUCGCAUCGACGGAAUCCAACAUGGCUGGCCUGGCCUCCCAGCAGUCUCCUCGACAGCUAUCAGAGAAGCGAGAGCUGCCUCACCACUCGAUCCUCAGCACGGCCGCCCUGUUGAACCCCAUCAUCGACAAGGAAACAGUUCUGCCGCCGGUGGAGGAUCCCGUGGCGCCACAUGGCCAUCUUCAGUCUCUCUCCCCCACGCCUCGGCUGCCGCCCAUUCAGUCUCGCUCUCAUUCUCCUCGGUCUCUUUCACACCCCCAUUCCAUCUCCCAGUCGCAUCAGUCGCACUCGGUUCCCAAUUCGCAGUCCCAGUCUCCGGUUAUUGGAAAUGCCGUCUCAGCGUCUACAACGCCUCCGCGAGAGCCAACAAUCAACGGGCUCGUCAUGGAUCUUGCGCAAAAGGGCAUCAACAUCAUGUCUGCUAGAUGCACUGCUUUCAAGCGGCUCUCCAUCUCUUCUUCUCUACUCCCGCCUCGCAACAAGCACUCAAAACGAGAGAAACCAAGUCACCAAAACCCCCAAAUCUGGCUGCAAACACCCGAGGCGCAAUUGGGUUUCCUGCUCGCAGUGGGGCCUGCCAGUGGCCGCCGGAUGGCCUCGUUGUGCUGUUUUUGCUACUUUGGUGGUACUUGGUGCUCCCGUCAUGUCUCGCGCUUGGGAGGUACCGCUCCUCUCCAAAGACAUUCCAACGGCCACAUCAAGCAUUCACCUGACGACAACGAAGCAGAAAGUGAGCUUAGUGAGCCGGACAGCAACGUUCGUUCGCCAUCAGGAGUGCGUUCCCACGAAUCGAAAGCCUCCAUUGUCGUCAAGGACACAACUAACGGUGAUCAAAAGAUCUCGCAUGAGCGUACCAUCUCCGACAACGAGGACGAGACCAUGAUAGGCAUUCAGCAUGAGCCUGUAGUGUCUCAUUAUCCCAAGCGCAAAAGAAACUCAGUCUUCACCGAUCUUAGUGAGAGCAAGAUGGAGCUCCCCAAUGGCGCAGACGGAUCCAGGACUUCAGUGCCUGGCCAGAGUUUCAAGCCCAAGUCGUCACGGCAGAGUCUGGGAACCGUCAGAGGUGUUUUACUGGGCCACUGGCGAGACUCUCCAAUUCCGAACCCCGAAGGCCGCCACGCUGUCAUUGGCUUUAUAGACGUGCGCGACCGAUUGCGUACUCGAAUUCAGCCGUAUACCGUCAUCAACGAGCCCGUCAGCAACGACUAUCCCAUGCCCCCUGGGCCCGGUGGUAGCUGGGUUACUUUCGAAAGAGUCGUCUUUUCUAAGCAUCUGGUCGGCCUGGAUCACUUCCAAGUUAAGGAGUAUGUGAGGCUGCGAACGGAUUCUCAAGACGAAUCUGAGGAGGAACGCGAGGCUGCUGAACAUGCGGCUGUCAAUCAGGCGAUUCGCCGAGUCAAGGAGAACCCUGCAUACGACAAUCCAGCCACUCAACCUGCCAUAGCUCAUGGCCUGGAGUUGCCCGACUCAGCAUCCAGUCCCGGACGGCCAGAGUCCAAGAGGAGGCGCGUGAGUGGUGGGUUUGCUUCCAUCAAUCCCGGUGGCAGCAAUAGCCCGCCGGAGCGUUCGCCCUUGCUGCCAUCGCAGCCCGCGCUGCAACCCCGGCCACCCCAUGUCCCGAAACUGCAUGGCCCGCUUCCAGGUACUAGACCCACGCGCAUCCUUCUGGGAUUCUGGAAGGGCUCAAGUGAAGAGGAUCCAAGAGACCGCCACGCCGUCUACGGCAUCUUGGGGCAGAAUGACAUGUUUAGAGUAAAAGUAGUCCGUGAAACUCGUGACGGCCGAUUUGUUGACGGCAACUUUCCUACUGGUGCAGGUGCAUUGUGGAUCCAGUAUGAAGAGGUCGAAUUUGAGCCGCAUUUGAAGUCCCUUCAACGAUCUGAGAUUAAAGAAUACUGCCGAGUUCGCCAAUACCAACUGGAUCAGGGCGAAGUGCCAGAAGAACGAGUCAACAACGAAAUUCGAGCCGUUCAUGAAGCGCAGGCCCGCGCCGGCUCGGGCUACAGACACAUUCACCAGGCCAUUGCCCCAUACCACCCUAUAGCUGCUGACGACUCGGAUCUAACGAAUGGCCGGUCAGACGUUGGUGGAGCUCAGCCUGAACUUCGGCAGUCGCGCCGCGGAGAAUCCCGGGCCACUCCUCGACAGUCCUUCAACGAGAACGACAUGCGCCAGACAUCGAGACCCUACGCCGAGCAGGAGCCUUCGCGCCCAGACUCUCGCGCAAUGAAUCGUGUCCACAGCUCCGAUGGAAUGGAGCGUACCAAUGCGCUCGCCCGCCGAGAGAUUGCGCGCGUCGAGGCUGCUCAGGGCCGAGCUGACCGACAUGCCCUGCAUCGAGAACGGGCUGCCGCUCUCGUUGCCGACGCUGCUGCUGCCGCCGCCGCCGCAGUCGUCGCCUCUGCGCCAUCUGAUGCGACCAACGGCAGAGCGCCAUUCCACGAGUCUGAGGAUAUGCAGCGCUUGAACAAAGUCUGGGCUCGCCAAGAGAGCCUUCGUCUAAAGGCUGGUGCCGAAGAUGCCAAGAUGUAUGACGGUGUCAAAUAUGAGCGCAAGACGAAUGGGCCCUUUAUAGGCAAGCUUGUCUCGCAAGGAACCAUCAUUAAUAUUGAUGGGGAAGACUACGUAGAAUAUCGCGUUCUUACGAAGCCCUCCUUUUUCUAAAUGGCCGUCUUUUUUUGAUUUCCAUCAAUCUCAACUUAAAAAAAUACCGCAGUUUGGCCCUGCAUGCAGCAUGACAUAACCAGGGACUCGCGCUGACAAAAAGCCUUCCGAAGACAAAUGCGAUACAAUGCGACAUAAUACCGCCUCAGGCGAAAUGACCAUCUUGCUGCAAAAAUGGUGGACUUUAUGAAUCGCACGCCUUUACCUAAUCGAACUGUGAGGUCGAAAAUAGACGAAGCAGAGGUGUUGGAUGAGAAGAGCCUGAUUUCUUACUCUCUUUGAGUUUUGUCACUUGUUCUUUCUUUUAAACUUCCCGUUCUUUCUUCUUUUCUACAUUUACUGUUUGUUAUGUUUUCUGUCUCUUGUCCCUUCGUUUUCAUUUCCUUGUCAAGGGGAGCGAAUAUAUACGUGCCGCCAAGCUAGAUAUACGCACAAAGAGACGCAGCAGCGAGGGAUAACGCGGGCACUCAUGCAUUUACUUUGGCGUUUUUCAGAGAAUGGGGGUGUCAUGCCCAGCAACGGGAUUUUUGUUCGAUUUUUCUUUUUUCCUUUUGAGCUCCCUUCCCUCCGUUCUACAGGGCAUGUCUUUCUUUCCUUUGUCCUUUUCCUUUUCUUGUUAAGAAUCAUGUUUUUCGUUGCGGAAUUGUGUCUUUCUGUUUUGCUCUGAAUACCCUGUCUUUUUUCUUUUUACUUUUUUUUCCUGCGGCUCUGAAAGCUGUAUGAGGGUAAUGAUAUGCGAACUUGGGGCGGGAGCUACGAGCCUGAUAUUAGAGAGAGAGAGCUCACGAUAGAGUUACCUGUGGGCUAGAUUCUCAAGUGUUGAGGGUGCGCUGCUAGGUAGUAAUCUGAUAUGUCAAUAACGAUUGGUUUCUUUUUUCUUCAUAAAUGAAUUUUUGUUACUACGUAGGACGAUGUCUGUAAUUAAGAAAAUUAAAAGAUGAAAGAAAAGAAAAACAUAUUUAUUUUUUUCUAAAACCAUAUGUCCCGUGUCUUGUAUACCGUAAACAUUUUACUUUAUUCUCAUCAUCAUAAAUGCCCUCUUUUCAUCCCUCUUUUGUCCCUUUUUUUCAAUUCCCAUUUAUUCAUUUCUCUUUUAGUUGGCCUCUGUUUCAGCCUCAGCCUUUUCCUCUUCCUUUUCAGGCUCUUCAUAUCCUUCCACCUUCAUGUCCUUCAGACCCAGCUCCUCCUCCUCCUCAUCCGUUCUGGUGUACUUUUCCCUCUUAAUCUUGGGGUCAGGCGCCGGCGGGUCCACUAGCGACUGGACGUAGCUGCUGGCAAAAGGAUCGGUCAAGAUGAUGGUGAAGCGCCUGGUGCCGGCAAUGGCGUCGUCGAGGUUGGCAAAGAACUUGUCCCACUGGGACUUUUCGUCGGCGCGCAGCGAGUCGCCGCCCUCGCCGGCCUGGAAGAUUUGGCUGUGGAGGUCGUUGCGGACCUGGGUGAGGAGGCCCUCGACGGUGGUGAAGCGGCCGCCGAGGGUGCCUGGGUUGACGUGCAGCUCGAGCUCGGGGCACUCGAGGCCGCAGGUCUCGCUCUUGAGGAUGUCGCGGGCGAGGUCGACGACGCCGUCGACCUCGAGGGUGAUUUUCUCGCCGUGCUCGGGGAUCUCGCCGCCGGUCUUGACGUCGUUGGAGCGGUAGCCGCAGGCGUCGCAGACGGUGGACAUGAGGACGACUUGCUUGAAGUGGGGGAUGUCGACCAUCUUCAUGUGCGUCGUGCACGAGUGCAUGCAGCCGGGGCAGGUGGCCGGGAAGCUGUACACCUCGUUGGGGAUGAUGUCGCCGUCGGCGGUUGUGCCCGGCUGGUAGCCCGGGUCGUUGAGCGUGGCGUCGGCGGUGUCGUCGGUGUCGCCAAGGCCGAGGGCCUGGUUCUGCUCGGCCGUCCGGGCGAAUUCGUGCUUCUCCCACUUGCCGACGCCGUCCUUGAGGUCGGGCGCGAUGAAGGAGUUGCCGGCGGGGUCGUCGACGUAGACGCGGAAGGGGAACGACUCGCCCGCCAGCAUGGCCUUUGCCUUGUUGAUGAUCUCGGCGACCUUGUCGAAGAUUUCGGGGGCCUGCUCUUUGCGCGCCUCCUGGCCCAUCUCGAGGUCGUCGACGACGCCCGAGAGCAGGCCCUCGACAUUUGUCAGCUGGCCGCGGCCGGCGGGGAUCUCGAGGUCGAUCUCGAUGAACUUGACGGUCGCGGUGUCGGCCUUGACGACCUGGCGGGAGAAGUCGUCGAGCGCGGUCAGGCGCAGUUCGUAGUGUGUGCCCUUGGGCUGGAUGGUGCCGGCGGGCUGGAUCUCAUUGUUCUGGAGGCCGCAGUGUUCGCAGGCAAAGGACAUGAUGACGACCUCGCGGAAGUAGGGGAUGACGGUAAGGAGAAGUCUUGUUAUGCCUUUCGUGGCAGUUCAUGCACAGCGACUCGAUCUCGUCCACGGG